UUUGUAUUCGAAUUUUAUGUGCUAUGCCUGGCAACACUGUAUUCCAUUUUGGCAUUAUCUUUGUUGAAAUAAUUGUAUAAUUAUUGCCGGCUUUUCGAAGUAUUGUUUAAUAUACGUUUGUUUUUAAUAUUGUCUUGCUGAUUUUUCAAAUCUGUUUAAAGAAGUUCGUAAAAUGAGUAACAAAUCGCCAAUAUCAGUACUUCAAGAGUUUUAUGUCAAAAAGGGACUUACACCUAAGUAUACUUUGUUAAGUGCAGACACUUCAAAUGUCUUUACAAUGAAAGUAGAAGUGGAAGGUCGAGCAGCCACUGGCAGUGGUUGUUCGAAGAAGGCGGCCAAACAUAAUGCUGCAAAUGCAUUGCUGAAGCAGUUGAAGGUCGUCAUCACAACGUCAACGGAGUCAGACGGGCCUGUGUCAACAGCACCUGAAGUGGUGGUCCAGAAACCACAGGUGCAGGGCCUGGACCGGCCGGUCAGACCCAACUUCGUGGGCAAGCUGCUGGAGUACAUGACCAAGAGGCGGUCGGCCGUCCCCAAGUACGAGGUGGUGGGCGAGGAGGGCCCGCCCCACAUGAGGGAGUUCACCAUGCGCUGCGUCUGGAGCGACAUGCAGGCGGUCGGCACUGCACGUUCUAAGCAAGAAGCAAAAAAUGUUGCAGCCGAGAAAAUUUGGGAAAAAAUACAAUGCGAUGCGGACGAAUGUGACGCCACCAGGCCGAAGAGGAAGAAGUUGGCGUCUGACGAGGAGUUUGACGACGUCCUGAAGGAGUUCAGGUCCCUGAUGGACGACCUGGGCGGGUCCUUCUUCUUCGAGGAAGAAACUCCCAAGGAAUACGCCAUCGACGCAGCUGAAAACGCCAUAGAUCUGUCCAAGUACGAGGAGCGCGACAGAAAGAUGUUCUCCUUCCUGGGCACCAGGAGCUUCAAUUCCUUGCUUCCAGAAAAAUCGAGUGUCAUUCUGAACAUUGACACCGGAGUGGAGUCUCGGACCAUCGGCGCCAGGGGAUGGACGCGUCGAGAUGCCAUGUUCAAGGCACUUAAAGAUGGCAUAGAGUACCUGUCAAAGUGCAACGUUAAAAUUGAGAAUGGCGAUAAAAAACCCGAGGCAGUUGAAUCAUAAGUUCUAUUCACUUUUGUAGGUAUUAAUACCCGCCAUUGUCAUGCCUGAAACCAUGCAAUGUGACUGCCCGUAAUUGUCGUGUUAGGAAAGCAUAAUGGUGCAGCAAGAAAUAUUUUAAGAACUGAACUGUUGCAUGUUCUGUUCACUACGUGCAGUUUUGAUUUUAUUUAAAUAUAUCUGCGCACCCCUUGGGUAUUAAGGAAUUUUAUUACAUGAUGUAAAUAUUGAAUUCUGAUUUUUUUUUGUUUUGUCAAAUGUAUGUUUUAAACUGCAAUAUUGUGAAUUAUCCAUGUACUAAGAACAGCAAAGUAUUUACAAUAAAGUGUGAAUUGUGAUCAAA